AUGACAGUUGUUGGAAUAGAUGGUAGCUACAUGAAACCAUUGACACGAGAUUAUAUCACAAUAUAUCCUGGCCAAACCUUCGAUGUCUUACUAGAAGCUAACCAACGCCCGGAUCACUAUUACAUGGCAGCUAAAAUUUAUUCCAUUGCCCCGGCAGCUCAAAAUUUUUAUGAUAACACAACCACCACAGCUAUUGUACAGUACAGGGGAUACUACACUCCAUCUUCACCUCCCUCCUUGCCUCAUUUUCCUGCAUACAAUGACACAAAUGCUUCAGUUCAGGUCAUGGCCAGCCUUCGAAGCUUAGCAGAUGCGGAACAUCCUUCCAAUGUCCCAUUGAGCCUGAGCACUAAACUGAUUUACACUGUUUCUACGCCGGAAAACGGAACAGAAGUAAGGGUGCUAGAGUAUAACUCCAUGGUGGAGAUUGUUUUUCAAGGGACAAACUUGGUUGUAGGGACACGCCACCCCAUGCAUCUCCAUGGAUACAGUUUCUACCUUGUUGGAUGGGGAUUUAGGAAUUUCGAUAAAAAUAGGGACCCUUUGCGCUAUAAUUUGGUGGAUCCUCCCUUUCAAAAUACCAUCUCUGUUCCUAUGAAUGGUUGGCCAGCAAUCAGAUUCGAGGCAUCCAACCCUGAAGUGUGGUUCAUGCACUGCCAUGUAGAAUGCCAUCUGACUUGGGGCAUGGAAACUACGUUCAUAGUGAAAAAUGGUAAACACCCAGAAGCUCAAAUGUUGCCUCCGCCAUCCAACAUGCCACCAUGUUGA